AUGGGAACGAUCGUCGAUUCCAUUACCAGAGCUGGUUUCUCUCCCACAUCAGUGUUCUUAAACGUUCACUAUCUUCUCGCUUGUAGUAAAAAGAGUUCAGUAGAUCCAAAGCUGCAUCUUGCUUUCCCAUGGAUCCUUUGGCAUAUCUGGAAGAACCGCAACCUGUUCUGUUUUGAGCAACGGAGCAAUAAUGCGGAAGCUAUUCUUAGCAAGGCAUUGGAGGAGGCCUCGGUCUGGCUCCAACUAAAUGCAUAUGUUCCGGUAGACCCUCCUGCAAUGGAGUUGGAGGUCGUAGACUCACAUUCAUGGAAAAAACCACCGUCCACUGAUGUCAAAUGCAAUGUGGGUUCUGCUUGGUCAGCAAGUAACAGCACAAGUGGGGCAGCAUCGAUAUUAAGGGAUUCAGGUGGGGAAGCGGUCUUACAUAGCAGACGUUCCUUUGUGGGUGUUCGUUCUCAACUGGAAGCAGACUUGAUCGCUCAUGUAUGGACUUCAGAGGCACUUAGUGACUUGAAGAUAAACAGAGUGAUUCUUGAGACAUCCUCCUCUCAGCUCCCACAGUCUUUGCGCGGGACCUUGGAAUUUACACACCUUAUGGAAGAGGCUUAG